CAUCUGUUUCCAAUCUUCAUGCAUCAAAUCCCAACAACAAUAUUCAGCAAAUGAACCUUUAAAUUGCACAAAUAAAUCACUCUACACUUGCAAUGGCCAACACCCUUCUUGCACCUCAUUUCUCAUUUUCAAAUCCCAAUCACCAUACAACUCGGUCGCCACCAUCGCCGCCUUGAUGUCCACUAACCCAUCCGAGCUUGCGCUGAUCAACAACGUCUCGAAAACCACUAUUUUCCCACGUGACAAAGAGAUCAUAAUUCCAGUAAACUGUUCUUGCAACCAGCAAUACUAUCAAGCAACCACUAGUUACCAUAUUUCACCACAAUCACUAACUUAUUUUGUUGUAGCAAACCUUACGUUUCAGGGUUUAUCGACAUGUGGUUCGUUGAUACAUGCAAAUCCCUAUAAUCAAUACGAGUUAAAAGAUGGGUUCGAGCUUAAAGUCCCUCUUCGUUGUGCCUGUCCUACAAAAGAUCAAAUCUUGAAUGGCACGAAAUAUUUGUUGACUUACCGGCUUAGUUUUGGAGAUACCGUGAAUCUUGUUGCUAGUAGAUUUAACAUAACCGUGAAAAGUUUGCUACAAGCGAACCGGAUUAGUAAAACUAACACUGUGUACCCUUUCACUACAUUGUUGAUUCCUUUGCCGGAUAAACCUUCGAUUUCCGAGACAGUAAUCCAAAGGUACAAUCCACCAUCUUCAUUAUCUCCUGCAAGAACGUCGAAAGCAAGAAAAUCGAUAAUAGUUGGAAUUGCUGUAGUGUGUUCAUUUCUUGUUAUUUUAGUAAGUUUAGUUACUAUACUAGGAGUUCUUUACAUGAGGAGGAAACGGAAGAACGAAAAUAUGACAGAGAACGAGAUACUUCCUGAGGAUCUCCUUAUGAAAAUCGCGAGCUUUGAGCGAAUUAUUAAAGUUUAUAGCUUUAAGGAGCUACAAACCGCUACAGAAAACUUUGCUCAUAAGCGUUGGAUAAAAGGAUCUGUGUAUAGGGGAUUGUUUGGAAACCAAAUUUUUGCUGUUAAAAAGAUGGGUAUUGAUGUAUGCAAGCAAGUGAACAUGUUGAGCAAGAUCAACCAUAUUAAUCUGGUAAAGUUGUAUGGUUUUUGCAAGCAUCAAGAUUCAUGGUACCUUGUUUUCGAGUACAUGAAGAUGGGUUCACUAAAAGAAUGGCUUAAACAAACUCAUAGUUUGCGUAGAAGGGUCCAGAUCGCGAUUGAUGUAGCUAAUGGACUUCGUUAUCUUCAUAAUUUCGCUAAGCCAGGGUAUGUGCAUAACAACCUUAACACCAGCAACAUACUUCUUGAUGGCAAUCUAAGAGCAAAGAUUUCAAAUUUCAGCCUUGCAAGAAAGAUUGACGAUGUAAAUGACACUAGAAUUGUGGGGACUAGAGGGUAUAUGGCUCCUGAGUAUUUGGGAAGCGGUUUAAUUACGUCGAAAGUCGAUGUUUAUUCGUUUGGAGUGGUGUUGCUGGAACUGAUGACUGGAAAAGAUGCUGUGUUUAGAUAUGAAGGUCAAGAAAUGCUGCUUAAAGCAGCUAUUUGUGCAAUCAUGGAGGGAGAGAAUGCAGAAAGUGAGAUUUGGGGUAUGAUUGAUUUAGGAAAUGAAGAAAUUGGAAGCAUGGAUUAUGCAGUUCAAGUGGUGAAGUUAAGUUUAAAUUGCAUGAAACAUGAUCAGGAAAGUAGACCAAGCAUGGAUGAGAUAGUGUCUUCUUUGGUUAAAAUUAAGAUUGAUUUACAGUGUAAAACUAUUGGCAAAUAUGUUGAAUAGUUCAAAAUAUUAUUGAUUUGUCUUUUGCUAGGAA